UUUACCCCUCUGAUAUAUCCAAUUACUAAUCUCUUCAAUCUUAUUUGUUUAUUCAAGAUUUGGAGAAAUAUGUUACCUGACAGUUGGUUCUUUUCUAAGUAGUAAUAGAUUCAGAGGACAUUUCUGCCUGAAAACUUGGUAACCAUACAUAGUCUCCGGCAUUCUUGCAAUGUGCCUUUUGGGAGCAACACAAGAUUUUAGUUAAAGCAACCCGAAGACUUUUAUUUUGAUAUACAAUAAAUGAUAUAAAAUAUUGUAUUUUGAUACGGCUUUUAUUUUGAAGCGGAGAUGAGGUAAACGCGGAAUUGACUUAAUUGACAAACCUACGAAUUAGCAGUUUAGCACGUUCGAGUCGCGAAAAUAUAAAAGGUCUAGAUCGUUUUCUGGCACUGCGACUCAACAUUCUUUAGAUCCUGUCAUUUUAAUAUUUCACAACAAUCCACUGGGCGCUUACGACGCGAGGAUGGCGAAUUACCGCGCCUUUCACACACAGCUUGCAACCAUCAUGGAAACCCUGACUCGGGCGGCAGUGGCGGAAAUUUGCGAGCUGGUCGAUGACGGCUACGCGAUUUUACACAUGGAGAUUUCACGGCAUCAGAAGGAGAACGAAGAGCUGCGGCGAAAACUUCAGCUGAUCGAGUCCAUUGUUGCUGCGCGCGGCUACAGCGAUGAGGCUGCCGCCGUGCAGGAGGCCACGAGUCGCCGCGCUCGCGCAGAUUCACGAGAUUCAGAGGAGCAUGCCCUCGUCACAGUGCAGGUCAAAGAGGAGGGUCAAGAGCCACAAAAUGACGACGACGACGAUGAUGAAGAAACAGUUGCUGUGGUGACUCAUGAUUCUCCAGAUGACGAAGUCAUAGAGCUCUUGUCACAUAAAGUCCCAUCAGAUACAGCCUCUGUAAAUGAUGACCUCCAUACACACACACUUGCAGACACACACUCGCCAAGCUUCCCCCCCCACAUACUCACAGACACGCAUUCACACACCGAGGAGUCACAACAUUCCAGCGUGGACCUAACGGCCUCUGAUGAACCUCUCUGUUCUUUUAACACACAGAGUAAUGCGCACACACUGCCUGACACACACCCUGAUGUGACCGGUCGUAGCUGCCCAUUUCCAGAUAAGUUGUGUAUGAAGAGAGAGCCUAUGGUGUCUGAUCUGAAUCUUACUUUGGACUGGAGCGCACACACAGUGCAUAACACACUAUCACACUCCCACUCUUCCUCAGCUGGAAAUAGCACAAGGACAACGGCUGCCCACAGUUCUCCUCUCUAUACCACACAGCACUUGCUUGGACUGGGUAGUGUGGCUGGGCUGAGGUUGUUUGGAGGACGUGGUUCCUUGCAAGGGGGUGGAGUUGGUAAGAGGCAUUUUAUCUGUUCCAUCUGUGGCAAGAACUUCACCACAGCACAGAGCCUAGACACGCACAUGCGCAUACACACAGGUGAGCGUCCAUACCGCUGUGAACAGUGUGGCAAGCGCUUUACUCAGUCUGGCCACCUUACAGCACACCAGACUGUUCACACUGGAGAAAGACCAUAUGAGUGCAUACAGUGUGGUAAACGCUUUGCAGGCAAGCAGUACCUGCGAAUACACACCAAGAAACACCAUCCCGAGUAAACACAAUUUCAACAAACAACACAGAAAAUACACACUAAUGUGCAUAGGUGCAUGUGUGUGUAUAUAAAUAUAUUACCCAUACAAAUCCAUAAUACACUACACUGACUAACAGAAUUGUACUUACCCACACAUAUGUGCAUUGCAGAAGACAAUGAAACAGGCUAAUAAACAAAUGAAACAAGUGUUUAGAAUUCAGAGACACUAAAAAUCCUGCAAAAGGUAAAACAUAAAAGUAUUCAUAUGGCUUAAUAGCAAUGUUUGAGUUACAAGCCUAAAUGUUAAGUGAAAUUAAAGGACAGUUCCACCCAAAGUAAUUAAGUAAAGACCUUUUGUAGGAUUAUAACAAAGAACAUGAGCUUCUUGAUGUUUUCAUUAUGGAGCUGAAAUUGGUUGUAUCCACCACAUAGAGAAAGAAGGCAGGGAAUUUCACCUGUCUAUGCCGUCAUAAGGAAUGCAACUGACUGUUUUUAUUUUUAAAAAACUGGAUUUAUUUCAAUUGCUGCUGUUUUUCCUUAGGGAAGAGAUCAUACAUUUGAUCCUAUGCAUUUAACUUUUGGAUGGCAGAAUAACAUGACUGAAGCAGAACUGUAUAAAACGUAUACAGAAUACAUUUCAACUAAUCCAUUCUUUGUAUUGGGUUGUUUACAUAUUAUUUUAACUAUAGUGGGUGUAAGAGACACACAAGAAGUACACAAUUGUAUCGUUGGCUUUCACUUUGAUUUACAGACUGCCGAAGCUAUUAGAGCUCAGGGAGGUUAAAUUCUCCAUUCUCUUGAUCACAUAAUGUUUCUUGCAGUUAGAUCUAUUUAAGUGGAAGCUUUGACCCUGCAGCAGUCAGUGUCUUCAUCUGAUAUGUAGUGCAGCCAAGCAGAUAGAAAACCCCAAUGUGUAAAAAAUAAUCAAAAUAAGUUUGUUCUUGUUAUUUUUACAAUACAAUGUGUAUUACAUCUAAGGCCCGGUUUAUACUUGUGGUUUGUAUAUCUGAGUUUCCAUAUCUUAGGCACAUCUGGAGGAUUAAAAGUGACAGCCACUAGAUGGAGCAUUAAAGCCAGUAUGUCCCUGUUCUUCAGGUAUCACUGUUCAAUAGAAAGGGAUCAGCAGUUUCAUUUUAUGUUUGUUCAGCCACUUUUUUAUGCCAAACCUUAGAUACUAAACAGAGAAACUCUGUUGAUUUCUCUUCAUAAAGUUCUGUCUUGAUUAUGACCAUGAGCUAUGCCUUAAGUAAAAAAAAAACUUGACUUCUUUCGAAGUAUGCUCAGGUUUCCUGUCCAUCUGCACUGUGAAGCUCUGUCCACUGGUUGUAAAGCAAUUUGGCUGAAUCAGAGCAGAAAAUAUAGCCCUGUACACUUAAGGAUUUAUCCUGCUUUUAUUAGCAAUGACUAAGACAAAUGAACCAAUUCCAUUGCCAGCCAUAUAUGACCAUGCCAUAAGAAUCUCUACCCAUCAUACUGGUACAAGCCUGUCUUUGAAUGGAUUUUCCUUCACUAAGUAGGAGUGACUUAUUGGUUUAUUUUGAUGUUUUAGCCUAAUUAUAGCUUGUUUCUGGCAGUUUUUCUGAGGCAACACAGCUGAGCAGCCAAUUGUUCAAUUAAUUCUGGCCCUGUAAAAGGAGUGGGAGAUGGGGUGAGGACGGGCUUAACUCUGAUAUAAAAAGUGCUGUAAUGUCUACACUGUUGACCCAAUUUGGAUGCAAACACUAAAUAUUCAAAUUAAAGCUGAAAAGUCUAAACUUUGAUCUUGUUUCAUUAUUUAAUUUUAAUUCCAUUAUAUUGUGGUGCACCACUAAAUAACUUUGUUAAUGUUUAAAUCGUUUUGGAUCCGACUACAUGUCCCAAAAUUUCCAAACGUUGUAUAGAUUUACAUGGAAUCCCAGUGCCCUACAGUAGAUAUUACUUUUAAUCGUCCAGAUGUAGAUAUGUACUAUGUUAACAAUGGCUUUCACGUGUGUACUCACCUGUCAAGAAUAAACCAGGCCUCAAAAGUGAAUCUGUGACAAUCUGGAGCAGUUACUUUAGACUUAUAUUGUAACUUUUAGAAUAAAUGUGUUUUAGUUGUGAGUUGUGAGUCUCUUCUUCAUGAAGUCGUUUACCUUUUCUGAAAAGGUUCAGUCUUUAGACAACCUAUAAAAUUAUCCUCAAAUCAAUCCAAAUGACAAACUAUAGAAUAGUUUCAUCUUUUCUCAUUAAAGUGCCCUUAGAAGUACAAAAAUACAAAUCUAAUCUUUUAAGACGGCUUGUAAAAUAUAAAAGUAACAAUGACAUCAGCAUUCUAGGACAGUAUCAAUCACGAUACAUAUGCUGAUCUUUACUUGGGCCAUUUUAAAGUAUGUGCUCUAUUUUGCUGUUACUGUGUUAGAUUGAACAUCAUUCUAAACACAAGUGGCUAAAACAUUCAAUUAAACGUAUAAACCACAUCCAAAAUUAUUUCAUCAGCACAUGCAGAUUUAUUUGACUUCAACUCCCAUCCACAAACAAUGCAAUAAAAGUUCAGCAAUUUCAUUGAGGCAUUUUGUAUGAACCUUGCAUAUUUGAUGCUGGGUAUGUAAAUAAACCUGGCUAUCGGUGAAAUGUGUAAGUUUAUUAUAUGUACUCAUACACAAGUAUGGGUAAGAUGAAGCUUGUGUUUAUCGGCGGCUUGUGCUGCCUGAUUUUCUCUUUCCUGCAAGCAGGUGUUUAGGUUUCAAGUCAAACACAUGUCUGUCUGAUUCGCCUUUCCUGCCCUGCUUGUUCAUCUCCUUCUGAGAGCUCUUCAUCAUCGUCUUCACCUUCUUCAUCAUCUGGGAAGAGUAGAAGAGAGUCAGAGAAAAAAUAAAGAGAGAAAUGAAUUCAGUCAAACACACAACCAACCAUCUGAUUCAUAGGCCAGCUUCAAACAGUUUCAUUAAAAUGCAGCAUUAUGGUGUAGAAAUUAAACCAAAAUUCUUAUUUAUUUGAUUUACACCAAUCAGCCAUAAUAUUAAAGCCAUCUGGCUAAUAUUGUGUAGGAUUCCCGUGUGCCACCAAACAGUUCUGACCCAUCGCGGCAUUGACUCUCUGAAGGUGUUCUGUGGUAUAUGGCACUAAGAUGCUCCAAAUCCUAUAAAUUGCACGGUGGGGUUGACUUAAUUUUAUGUCUAAUAUAUCCGGUUCCUUGACAUGUCAUUGUAAUGAGAUAAAUUAAAGUAAUUCACUUCUCCAGUCAUUGGUUUACAUGUUAUGGCUGAUUAGAGUACAACUUAUCCAGAAGUUAAUUUUGACCUUUAAUAUUACACAUAAGUAAGUUUGUUUCAAACAACCAAAUCAGCCUAAAAAAAACAGCGUUGCUACAUUCUUUUAAGAAAUAGUGGAACAUUGAGCAUAAGUCUGCGAAAGAUGACAGAAAAAGACAUUCCUUGAGGCAAAUUUUUUUUUUGAUGCAAAGAAUGAGAAUCUGAUAUGUACCUUUGCAUCUCUGAUUCCUGAUUGGUCACGUGGUUGUUUUGAUGCACUCUGACUACGGGUGCGUGAAGUUGGCAGGACAGAUGCUUCCCUCUUCCUCUUUCUAACCAAUGAACGUGACCGCCGAGCCUGUUGGACAUAGUGG